GCUGCCCUGACUACAGCUAGCCUACCAGCAGGACAGGAGUAUUCCUGCUUUGUUGUUUUCUGGACUAGUCUACUGGAGGACCAACUGAACCGCUUUGAGGAAAUUAAGAAAAGAAAAGACAACCAUGUUCUCUUCUCCUUUCCCACAGUUACAUUGCAAACUCUUUGCAAAGAUGGGGGACGACCGACCUUUUGUGUGCAACGCUCCGGGCUGUGGACAGAGGUUUACCAACGAGGACCACCUGGCUGUACACAAACACAAACAUGAGAUGAGUCUGAAGUUUGCCCCUGCCAGGACUGACUCUGUCAUUAUCCAAGACCAGACCCCUACUCCCACUCGCUUCCUGAAGAACUGCGAGGAGGUGGGGCUGUUCAACGAGCUGGCUAGCUCCUUCGCUGAGGAGUUCAGGAAGGCCCAGGAGGAUGACGACAAGCGGGCCAAGAACCCUCUCCCUGCCCCGAACAGGGAGGUGGCCCUGGACAUGAGCCUGCAGACGCCUUCAGCAGAAGCCGUAAAGGUGAAGGAGGAGACGCCUGUUGAGGUUGACUCCUCCCCACCAGGAAGUCCAGAUUCCUUUUCCAGCAUGUCAGACAGUAGCAGGGACACCAUGGUGAGAAGAGGAAAGGACACUCCCCCGAGGCCAGCGCUGAGUUCGGCCCCCACCCCCACAAUCAUGAGGCCAGGCGCCCUCCCGGUGCGGCCCAGACCAGGCUCUCUGCCCCUCCACCUGGGCUUCGACGCCAUGCAGCCCACCAUGCCUUCACCCACCUCUGUCAUCACACCCACCCCACCAUCCAACCGCACCGUAUUGGGCUCUCCCACAGGCCACUACCCCAUGAUGAUGCACCUUCCCAACGGGCUCCUCCCUGGACCCAUGCAAAUAGCCUCUGUCAUAUCUCUGGCCCGGCCCAUGCACAUGGUGCCCAACAUUCCCGGUAUCCCUGGUCCUCCUCUGGGAGGUGGCAGCAGCGGCUCCAACUCCCCCUCGGGGUACACCACACACUCGGAGGCCAAAAUGAGGCUGAAGGCAGCACUGGCCCAGCAGAGUUCAGGAGGUCAUGGUAUGGGAGGUAUGGCCGGCAGCCCCAUGCACCCCCAGAGGAUGGAACAGAGCCAGUUACUGGUGCAGCACCCCGACGCACCCUCCCCAGCACAGCCACAGGUGUCUCCGGCCCAGCCUACUGGUGGUCGGCGGCGGCGUGCGGCGGAGGACGACCCGGACGACCGUCGACAGCGUUUCCUGGAGAGGAACCGGGCAGCCGCCUCGCGCUGCCGACAAAAACGCAAAGUCUGGGUCAACUCCCUGGAGAAGAAGGCAGAGGAGCUCGUCUCCAUGAACGUCUCGCUGGCGAAUGAAGUAUCUCUCCUGAGGAAUGAGGUGGCUCAUCUCAAACAGCUACUGCUGGCUCACAAGGACUGCCCUGUCACCACUCUACAGAAGAAGAUUGCCUACAUGGGAGAGGACAGUCCUAUGAGAGAUAUGUCGGAGCCCACCGGCUCCCCAGCCCCUGUCAUCCAACACAGCUCCCUGCCCAGCCCCUCUCCCUCCUCGGGCCCCAACGGCAUGGGCGCCCGGGCGGCUGCCGAGGCCAUGGCCAUGUCCGUGCUGGCUGGGAUGGGUCAACACCAGCAGAGGAGAGGAGAAAGGGAUGGAGGGAGAGAUGAGAGGGAUGGAGGGAGAGACGGGAGGGAUGGUCCCUCCUCCCACGUCAUCAUGGCCACACAGUCGCACCACUCUGCCAGAUGAUGAGCGUAUCACACAUCAAGGCCCGGGACUCUACGGCGACACCACCCCACACGGGCAGGAGGAGAGUGGAGGAGAUAGUUUAAAAAAAAAAUAUAUAUAUAUAUAUAUACAUAUAAAAAAUAUAUAUAAAAAUAACUCCUCUCUUCUCAGGUGACCAGAAGAGUAGGAAGGAAACGUUGUCUUACAUCAGAUAGCGUGACAAUUCCGCCUCCGAGCAUUGCGUAGGAGUGACGCGACCUGACGUAAGACAAUGGGAGGAGGAGGGACACCCGAAGAAAUAAUAUCUUCCUACUAAAAUGAAACACACUCCUCCUCCUCUUUCCCCCUGCUGUGGUUGCCAUUUUGUGUCAGCCAUUUUGUCUCAGGCCUGGAGCCUUGCUGGAGCUCAGCAACAACAGCCUUCUGGGAAUGGACUGGGACAAUAAGAGAGAAAGAGCUUCAUGUUCUGUUCACUAUGCCAUAGACAACAUACAGGGGCUGGACUCCACACCCCUCGACACCCCUCCCCCCCCUAAAAAAUCACCCUACAACCCUCUCGCCUCACCCUCAAGCACUUAUGAACUUCACUGAACUGUAGGACUGCAUAGCAUCUUCCUGAGGGUGGUAAUGGUCGUUGUGAUAAACUCAUCACUCAGACUUUAAUUAACAAAUACAGGUAACACACGGUCAAACUCACACAACACACGUGCACAUACUAGACAUACAUAUACACUCAACGUAAACAUUGCAUUGAUUCACAUUUGUUGUUGAUCACGUGAGAUACCAAAACACUGAGCACUGCAGGGGUCCAUAUUAUUGUAAGAAGGGAUUGUGGCCUUGCUCUCCUGCACAUGCUGACAUGUUUUAUUCACACACACAAAGAUGAUUGACGCUCCGAAUCCAAAGAUGCAUUGUUUUUUUUAUACUUUCAUUGUCAAGAUGGUCGGAUCCAAUAUUUUAAAUUUGGUCUGUUUUCCUGAAUCCCUAAUAGGUUAAGUGGUUUCAUUUUGAGCAUCUGUGUUAGUCGUUCACAAAAGUGGACCUCAUUUAUAGCCUUUUAUGAUACGUUUUAAUAAACCGUGUGUGUUUUUAUGUACAGCAGAAAAUAGCAAUUUGUUGUUUCAAUAUCUGAUACACUAAGAUCCGGUUUGGUAGCAUGUGACAUAUUUUUUUAAUUAGCAUUUUAGUUGUGUUCCUGUGCAGCUUUUCUUUAUGUUAAUGGCACAUUUAUUUUCAGCUUGGUCCAUAGCGAACCAAAUUGUGUCUUUGGUUGUCACUGAAGCCGUGCGACAGAAACAGAAAGCUAAAAGUAAUAGAUUCACUGUACACCAUCAUUUCUAACUGACUUAUACACUCAUUAUACACAGACAUUUUUUCCGGACUACUUCCCCUCUCCUCUGUAACCAUUUCCUCGUUCCCAUGCAAUGUUUGUAUGUAUUAGUUUCUAAACGUUUACCAUCUUUUAUGACAUCUUAGCUGGCAGAAAGCUUUUCUUCUAAUGUUUGUCUGGCUGUCUAUCUGGCCUUUCUCUUGUCUUUUUGUGAUACUGUAGUAGUUCAUCCUUGCUGCUUUCUGGAGUGGAAUGUGCUGCGCUUUAGUCUCUCUAGGUCGUGUUCAUUAGACACCAAACGGAACAAAAAUGGACUGAAACGAAUGGAAUGUUUUUUUUUUUGUUGGGCUCCCUAAUGAACAGGACCGUUGCUGCUCUUAUGAAUGACUAUCCAAAACAAAGCCGUGUUCCCCUGUAACGUUUGUGUGUCUACAAACGGCACUGACACAUGAACAAACAUGUAACCAAACUGUUAUACUGUGGAUCAGCACUCACUCAGUGACAGCUCCAUCUCUGCUCAACACACACACACACAAUGUGUUCGAAAACAAUUUUGCCUUAAAGAAUCACUUUCGUGCCUCCAAAAUACCCCAAAAAGAUGAUUGGGUUGCAUGAUAAAACAUAAUGCUUCUGCCUUAGGAAGAAAAAUAAUAAUAAUUGUCUCAGAAGUUAAAAGCCAUUCACAAGGAGUAACAAUAGAUUCAUUUAUUUUAUAUGCUGAUUGUAUAGAAGAUGCCUUCAAAAAAAUCAGGAGUAAAAUGGCACCACACUUCACCACUGCAGUCACCAGACUUCACUGUUGGGUGAUAAUAAUGCUGCCAUCUAGUGGAGCAUGAGGAACUUCACCUUCUCACAAGGACGGGAUUUGGACAUGGACCUUGAGGGAAAUUCUUUCAGAACCCCUGUGGCAGUCUGGGAACAGUUUCAAUUCUUCAGGGAUCCCCUUUUAUGAACAAAGUUUUAGACAUUUUGUUUUAGAAAAACAACUCCUAAACAAGGGAUAAUCUUGUUGUUUUGCAUUUGUAUGUAACUUCCCCCACAAUCCAUCUGAAAAUGUAUGUAACAAUUUGCAGGGUGUAUUACUGCAGAAGUAACUAGAGUAUCAGUCAAAAAAACAUAAGGACAUGUCUAAAGGCACUUAAAUGCAGGUUUAUCAUUCAUUAUGUGUUUUCUUUUGUUUGUGUUUGUAUAUACUUUGGUUUAAUUUGAAUACAUUCAGUGACAUCAAAAGUUGCCUAUUUCUUUUGUCUUGAAAAUGUAUAUUAUACAUAAUGGGCUUGUUUCUCGGAUACAGAUUUAGCCUGGUUCUAAACUUUAAAGCGUGUUCAGCAGACAUUCGCGAUUGAAAGUACUUCGUCCAAUAAGGAUUGCUACUCAGUAACUACUUGACACAUGACUGAACUUCUUUGUUCUACGCCUACAAUCCCAAUAGUAACCAGGGCUCUGGUCAAAGUACUGCACUAUAUUGGGGAUAGGGUGUGAUUUGGGAUGAUUCCCAACCAUGACAAUCCUAAUAGUGACCCUGUAUGGCAUUGUGUAGUACUCUGAGCCGACGCUACAGUUGGUUAGCUGUCCCUUAUUAAUAGACGAUUGUUCAUAUGAAAUGGUAAAAAAAAAACUAAAAAAAAUGUGUUUAGCUUUCAUGUUAGUUGAUCUUGUCAUUGGCACUUUGUUCUCAUUUUUGUCUUUGGUAUGUUCUUUAUUGUGUGCUAUUGUUUGUCAUCAGGACUAUAUACAAAUACGCUGGCAUAAUAAACGCUUCUAUUAUA